UUGAAAUUUUUACCUGGCAUCUCUGGUUAUGAUUAACGAAUUGUUAGGAGAAUUCACUUUAAUUUGGUUUAUAUUUACGUGUUUCUAAAUAGAUAACUUAGGUAAAUUAUGAUCCUCAUUGCUGACAGCAACCAGUGUAUUCUGUAGUUGUAAAUGUUGUAUGGAGAACAGGAUUAUAAAAAUCUUAGAACGCUGUUGAACUGAACAAAUUAAUAAAAUGAGUAAUAUAAAUCUGGAUGAGUUUGUGAAAGAAUGGGUUGAUCUAUCAAAUGAAUACAAACAUCUUGAGACAACAAACAUAAAUUAUUUGGAUUCAUUGGAGAAUUUGGAAUUAUUACAAGAACAAUGCAUGAAACAAAUCAAACAUCAACGUUAUCGGAUGCAGCAGAUUUCAAAAAGUGUUAAGCAGUAUAUAAAUAGCAAACGACUAACAACAGGAGAAAAUGAAAAGCUAAUCGAUUUGAACAACAAUCUUUUAAAACGGAAGGCGCAACUGUAUGAGAUUGAGCAAGGUUUACCACAAAAAAAUAGCCUCUAUCUGAAGAUUAUACUUGGAAAUGUGAAUGUAUCCAUUUUGAAUAGAAGUGAUAAAGUUCGUUAUAAAGAUGACUACGAAAAGUUCAAAUUGAUUUUGAAUGUGAUCGGUUUGCUACUAUCGUUUCUCAACAUAAUUGUGAAUUAUAGAGCUUUGGAACUCGCCUUCAUUUUUCUUUUGGUUUGGUAUUAUUGUACGUUAACUAUCCGGGAAUCUAUUUUAAAGGUUAAUGGAUCAAGAAUAAAAGGGUGGUGGAGGCUACACCAUUUCAUCUCAACAGCAAGUGCUGGAGUUUUGUUAGUGUGGCCGCAAGGCGAACCAUGGCAGCUUUUCAGAACGCAAUUUAUGCUAUUUAAUGUAUAUAUAAGUUUGGUGCAGUAUAUGCAGUUCGGAUACCAAAAAGGAGUUCUAUAUAGAUUGAAAGCACUUGGAGAGCGCCAUGACAUGGAUAUUACAAUUGAAGGUUUCCAUUCGUGGAUGUGGCGUGGACUAAGUUUUUUGAUUCCAUUCUUAUUUAUUGGUUACCUCUUUCAAGCGUACAACGCAUGGACGUUGUACAAACUUUCACACCACACUGAUGCAACAUGGCAGAUUCCAGUACUCAGUAUAUUGUUUCUUGUAUUAUUCAUCGGUAAUACGACAACCACAAUGUUGGUGAUUCCGCAAAAACUACGUGGACGCAUAAAGGAACGAUAUCGAUUGAAGAGUUUAUCAUGGGCUAUGAAAGCACGUCGUCAAAAUAAGACUCGGGAUGAAACUACAAUAAACAAUGAAUGCAGCUCAAACAAUGACCGUUAUAAAGCCGAAUAAAAUCUACCAGGCAGCGCGGUAUGGUGGAUUGGGAACAUAUUACACCAGAAAGAAUAGCAUUUGCUUAAAUAAAAACUAUGUAUCAGA